ACCGAGGGAAGCUGCAGCCUCUGCGUAGUAAUGCUAUAACACUACACAAAAACCACUGCAUGCCAAGUUAAAGUUUUCACUAUCAGUUUGCUUUCGUUGUUUACUGUUCUCGUGGUCGUCCUUUAACUUUGAGUGACGAUAUUUGACGCAUAACCUCUUUGGUUCUGGAUAACUGUGUCGCAAAGCUCUAAACUCAAGCUAGUUAAGCUAACGCUAACGAUACAAGCGCACAUAUUUACUAUAUUGAGGCCUCAUAAUGUGAGUUAAAAGAAUGCUUUAGGUGGACAGUUUUCAAAUUCUCGACUGGUAGUGUCGAAAAUAUACAUUUUUGGAUUGAUAGCGAUUGUAAGCACGAUGUUUAUUUACCUCAGCAAGAAGAUCGCUAUCCCCAAUCAAGUUCAUCUAAAAUGUGUGUCCUGGAACAAAGAUCAAGGCUUUAUUGCAUGUGGAGGGGAUGAUGGUCUCCUAAGAGUACUAAAGCUGGAAAGUCAAACAGAUGAUGCCAAACUCAAAGGUCUUGCUGCACCUAGUAAUCUGUCAAUGAACCAGGCUCUAGAGGGACACAGUGGUGCAGUACAAGUAGUCACAUGGAAUGAGCAGUAUGAAAAACUGACAACCAGUGACCAGAAUGGACUCAUCAUUGUGUGGAUGCUUUAUAAAGGUGCAUGGUAUGAGGAAAUGAUCAACAACAGGAACAAAUCAGUGGUGAGGAGCAUGAGUUGGAACGCUGACGGACAAAAGAUCUGCAUUGUGUACGAAGACGGAGCGGUCAUAGUUGGAUCUGUAGACGGUAACCGGAUUUGGGGAAAGGAGCUAAAGGGAAAUCAGCUUGCUCAUGUAGCAUGGUCUCCAGACAGCAAGAUCCUUCUUUUCGGCAUGGCCAAUGGGGAAGUGCAAAUCUAUGACAAUCAAGGGAACUUUAUAAUUAAAAUGACUAUCUGCUGUCUGACAAAUACCACUGGAGCUGUAAGUAUAGCAGGUAUCCACUGGUAUGCAGGAACUGGAGGUUAUGUUGAGCCGGACUGUCCAUGUCUUGCGAUCUGCUAUGACAAUGGAAGAUGCCAGAUCAUGCGCUACGAGAAUGAUGAGAACCCAGUGUGUAUCGACACUUUGAUGAAUGUCGUUAGUAUCCAGUGGAACCACUGUGGCAGUGUGCUGGCAGUGGCAGGUUCCCUCAGAGCUUCAAAUAUGGACAAAGAAUUCAACGUGGUGCAGUUUUACACUCCAUUUGGAGAGCACCUGAGGACUCUGAAAGUGCCGGGGAAGCAGAUGUCAGGAGUUGCCUGGGAGGGAGGAGGCCUGCGUAUCGGCCUGGCUGUGGACUCCUACAUUUAUUUUGCCAAUAUAAGGCCAGAUUAUAAGUGGGGCUACUGUUGCAGCACGGUGGUAUAUGCCUACACAAAGCCAGAGAGGCAAGAGUACUGUGUGGUAUUCUGGGACACCAAAAACAAUGAGAAAUUUGUCAAAUAUGUUAAAAGCCUGAUGUCCAUUACCACCUCAGGGGAUUUCUGCAUUCUAGCCAGUAAAGCAGACGACACUCAGCCUCAGGAUGAUGCUGAAUUAGAGGCUGGAAGUCAUUCUAGGUACGUCCUGAUUCUGUGUAACUCCAUUGGGACUCCACUGGACUCAAAGUACAUUGACAUCGAUCCACUGUUUGUCACUAUGACCAAAACCCAUGUGAUCACCGCAUCCAAAGAGGCAUUCUACAUGUGGCAGUACAGAGUGGCAAAGAAAUUAACUGCCCUGGAGAUCAACCAAGUGACCAGAACUAAGAAGGAGGGAAGAGAGAGGGUCUAUCACAUUGACAGUAAUCCAACCGGAUCAAAUGACAGCGGGCUGGAUUUUGCAAAAUCCUUCACAGCAACGCGAGAUCCCAUCUGUUGUAUUACAGCGACAGAUAAGACCCUGAUUGUGGGCCGUGAGUCUGGCGUUGUCCACAGAUACAGUCUACCAAAUGUGGUUCUCAUGCAGAAAUACACUUUAAACAACAGAGCCUACUAUCUCUCCAUUAACUGCAACUCCAGCCGUCUGGCCAUUAUCGACAUUGCGGGUGUGCUGACUCUGCUGGAUCUGGAGGUCCGCGUCUCCAGUGACGACAGCACUGGGAAUCAGGCAGCGGCAGGGGAUCCAUCCAAGUUUGAACGCAAGGAUGUCUGGGACAUGAAGUGGGCCAAUGACAACCCCGAUCUUUUCGCCAUGAUGGAGAAGACCAGGAUGUAUGUGUUCAGGAACCUGGACCCAGAGGAACCCAUCCAAACAUCUGGAUACAUCUGCAACUUUGAGGACCUGGAAAUCAAAUCUGUCUUGCUUGAUGAAAUAAUGAAGGAUCCAGAGAGGCCUAACAAAGAUAACCUCAUCAACUUUGAGAUCCGUUCCCUGAGAGACAGUCGCGCUUUGAUAGAAAAAGUUGGAAUUGAGGAUGCUUCACAAUUUAUUGAAGACAAUCCACAUCCAAGACUCUGGCGUCUGCUGGCUGAGGCGGCUCUCCAGAAACUGAACCUAAAGAUGGCUGAGCAGGCCUUCGUCCGCUGCAAAGACUAUCAGGGCAUUGAGUUUGUCAAGCGCCUUGGUAACCUGCAGAGUGAGCCCAUGAAACAGGCAGAAGUGGCAGCGUACUUCAGCAGGUUUGAGGAAGCUGAGCGCAUGUACCUGGACAUGGACCGCAGGGACCUUGCCAUCGGCCUUAGGAUCAAACUGGGAGACUGGUUCAGGGUGCUUCAGCUGCUCAAAAGUGGCUCUGGGGACGCAGACGAUGCUCUGCUGGAACAGGCUCACAAUGCAAUCGGAGACUACUUUGCUGACAGACAGAAGUGGGUCAAUGCAGUGCACUACUACCUUCAAGGUCGUAACCAGGAGAGGCUGGCAGAAUGCUACUACAUGUUAGAGGACUACGACGGCCUUGAGAGGCUGACCAGCGUGUUACCAGAGAAUCACAAACUUUUGCCCGAGAUUGGACAGAUGUUUGCCACCGUGGGCAUGUGUGAGCAGGCGGUGAACGCUUAUCUGAAAUGUAACCAGGCCAAAGCUGCCGUGGACACCUGUGUCCAUCUGAACCAGUGGAACAAAGCAGUGGAACUCACCAGGACACACAACAUGAAGGAGAUUAAAUCUCUUCUUUCUAAAUAUACUUCACAUCUUCUCGAGAAGAAUAAAACUCUAGAGGCGGUGGAAUUGUAUCGAAAGGCUCACCACUUCCUAGAUGCAGCCAAGGUCAUGUUUAAGAUCGCAGAAGAAGAGGCGAAGAAGAGGACCCGUCCACUGAGGGUAAAGAAGCUCUACGUCCUGGCAGCGCGUCUUGUUGAAAAUUACCAUGAGCAAGUGAAGACAUCGCAGCAGACUAAAGUCAAGGGGAAAAAAUCUGAGGCAACGUUUGCUCUUGCUGGGCUGCUGGAGGAAGAUGCAUCUGCCUCAGACAGUCGUAUCGUGUACCACGCCUGGCGCGGGGCGGAAGCAUAUCACUUUUUCCUGCUUGCUCAAAGGCAGCUAUAUGCAGGUUACAUGGAGAAUGCUAUGCGUACAGCGCUUCACCUGCGUGAGUAUGAGGACAUUAUCCCACCGGUGGAGAUCUACUCCCUGCUUGCCCUUUGCGCCUCCGCUAACCGAGCCUUCGGUACAUGCUCGCAGGCCUUCAUCAAGCUGGAGUCCUUGGAGAGUCUGAGCCCCGAACAGCGGCAGCUUUACGAGGAUCUGGCCUUGGAAAUCUUUACUAAGCAUGCCCCAAAGGACAACCGCAUGGUGGAGCUGGAUAAACUACCAGAGGGGGCUGAAGGCAAGUUACCCACAUGCAUUGUGACAGGUCUACCGAUCCAGGAGUACCAGACCUGGAUGUGCAGUGUGUGUAAACACUUCGCUUUGGAGCAGGAGAUCAGCAAAUAUAACUGCUGCCCGCUGUGUCACAGUCCGGUCGUAUGAGGCUAGAUUCCACAAAUCUCACACACAACCAGUAUUUAAAACAUACUGGUAAACUUCAUUCAUCCUAAAGGGAACAUGUACACAUCCACUGCAGCCCUUGUUUUUACUAGUUUGAAUAUAUGUGUCUUUUUUCAUGCAGAUGGUAACUUUUCUUUGAUUUUCCUAAAUAUUGUAAGCUGCUUUCAUGGAUAUUACUACUUUCUUAACUAUUUUUUUAUUGGUGUCGAUAGUGAAUAAACCCUCAAGUCCAUACCAUGCUGUAA